GUAUUUMGGCAGUGAGUCUGAGAUAAAUAAAUAAUCUGACUGCACAAUAAAGAGAUUUGACAUUUAGUUGUCUGAACUGAAUUACAUGUUGCAUGGCUCUUCAGGAAAAUCCUCUGUAAAACAGACGGGCACAACGGCUGUGUUAUAAUAAAUGAUCACAAACAUCUGAGGACUCCAGGCUUGYCACUGGUCUCGAUCUCUGUCCAUCUAGUUCAGACAUUAAGACCUGCGGGCUUAAUCUGGCCUAAGCUGGUGAGACGCAGUAAAGCAGAGGAAUCAGGACUGCACCCAGUGGGAACAUUGUCCUAAUCCUCUUCUGCCCUCUCCUUUGUAAACACUCGUUGCUUCGUCGAGGUCGCCGGUGCUUCUCCCCUCUUCUUUUUUCUCUCUCUCUCCACCACAAUGUCUUUCAGAUCCGACGGUGCUGGGAAGACGUAGAGGACAGGGAUGGGAACGCGUGGACUUCUCGUGACCUCAAACGGGCUCGGGCCUCACGUGGCGAGUGAGGCUCCGUAGUCSGAGCAUGCCAUGCGCUAGUGCGGCGGCUGUGAGGGAGUGGGAGCUCAGGCCCACCUCUGUGCUGCGGGGGCUCAAACGCACCAGGGUCCUGAUGUGGCAGUGGAUACAGGGACUGGCCCGGGCCUGCAGGCGAACCAUGGGCUACCAGGUCAACUACAACACUCCAUACGACGAGGAACCGGAGAUGGUGUGCCUUGAGCCCAUGGGAUCAGAGCGGAUGGAGAUGCGAAAGCGGCAGAUGUCGGUGCAGCAGGAGUCGCCCGCGGGGGGAACUGCACCAGCCCAGCAGGACCAGCCGGUUCAGGCCAACCYACGAGGCUCCAACGCGUGUUGCUUCUGCUGGUGCUGCUGCUGCAGCUGCUCCUGGAAUGAAGAUCGGGAUGAUAGGAAUCGAAAGGCAUCAUAUGACAUCAAAGAAGGGACCUCAGACUGUGAAGACUGUCCUAAGCCCACGUUGGAGGACGUGCGUUCUUGGGGUCAGUCGUUCGAUAAGUUGAUGUGCUGUCCCGCGGGGAGGAACUCUUUUCGUCAGUUUCUUCGCACCGAGUUCAGCGAGGAGAACAUGCUCUUCUGGCUCGCGUGUGAGGAGUUUAUCAAAGAGACCAAUAAAAGUGUGGUAGAGGAGAAGGCCCGGGUCAUCUACGAGGACUACAUCUCAAUUCUCUCGCCUAAAGAGGUGAGCCUCGACUCCCGUGUGCGUGAGGCCAUUAACAGGAACAUGCUAGAGCCCACCUUGCACACGUUCGACGACGCCCAGUUGCAGAUCUACACACUAAUGCAAAGAGACUCGUUUCCCCGCUACUUGAACUCCCCAGCCUACAAAAACCUGCUCAACACUCUGUCCGAGCAGUCCCCCGAAUCUUAGGGUGGUGACGACCUGUGAUCUUUUAACUUUCUCUUUAAUCCAUAUCCUCCUUUUUUUUUUUUAAAAAAAAAAACGAGUUUUUUUUUUUUUUGUUCCUGUUUCGUUUUUUUUUUUUUGUAUGUUCAGUCUAGGAUUACAUGAGCCAGGCUUCCAGCCCGGCCCCUCCCAGGGAUUUCAGAGCUAUUGCGAUCUGCACCUGACCGAAGACACUCAGGUCUCAAAAUCUCCCGAGGGCUCGACAUCACACGUACUGCUACAGAUCAGCAUAGCAAAACACUCCAAAGGAAUAUGAACACACUUUAAUUCUGUUUUCUUUCUUUUUUCUUUCUUUUGAUAGAAAUAAUCUAUUUUGUUUUGUGUUCAGAAUUKUUUAUAUGU